AUGUUCCGGUGUGGCAGCCUGGCGGCGGGUGCCUGGAAGCAUAAGCUGGCCCCGUUGGUGCGGACCGUGUGCGUCAGAAGCCCGAAGCAGAAGAACCGGCCCCCAGGCCACUUGUUCCAGCGAUGGGAUGUCCCCCUAGAACUGAAGAUGACAAGACAAAUGGCUAGCUCUGGUGCCUCAGGGGGCAAAUUCGAUAAUACUCUAUUAUUCCUUUUUGCGGGCUUAUCAGCUGUAGGCGCUGGUGUAUAUACCUACAGAACUAUAAAAAAUGACCAAAAAAGAUACAACGAAAGAAUUUCAGAAAUAGGGCUGACACCAGAGGAGAAACGGAAAAGGGCCGCGCUUCCAACUUCAGAAGGAGAGCCAGUUCCUCAAGUCAAGCCACCAGCUCAUGUUCCUUUCCUGCUCAUUGGAGGAGGCACAGCUGCUUUUGCCGCAGCUAGGUCCAUCCGGGCACGGGAUCCUGGGGCCAGGGUACUGAUUGUAACAGAAGAUCCAGAGCUGCCAUACAUGAGGCCUCCUCUGUCCAAAGAACUGUGGUUCUCAGAUGACCCAAACGUCACGAAGACACUGCGAUUCAGACAGUGGAAUGGAAAAGAGAGAAGCAUAUACUUCCAGCCACCUUCUUUCUAUACCUCUGCACAAGACCUGCCUCACGUUGAGAAUGGUGGCGUGGCUGUCCUCACUGGGAGGAAGGUGGUACAGCUGGACGUGAGGGGCAACAUGGUGAAGCUCAAUGAUGGCUCUCAAAUCACCUAUGAGAAGUGCUUGCUUGCCACAGGAGGCACCCCAAGAAGUCUCGCUGCCAUCGAUAGGGCUGGAGCAGAGGUGAAGAGUAGAACAACGCUCUUUAGAAAGAUCGGAGACUUCAGAGCGCUGGAGAAGAUCUCACGAGAAGUCAAGUCCAUCACGAUCAUCGGAGGCGGCUUCCUCGGGAGCGAGCUGGCCUGUGCUCUUGGCAGAAAAGCUCAAGCGUUGGGCACAGAAGUGAUUCAGCUCUUCCCCGAGAAAGGAAACAUGGGAAAGGUCCUCCCUGAAUACCUCAGCAACUGGACCAUGGAGAAAGUCAGCCGAGAGGGUGUUAAGGUGAUGCCCAAUGCAAUUGUGCAGUCAGUUGGAGUCAGCGGUGGCAAGUUACUCAUCAAGCUGAAAGACGGCAGGAAGGUUGAAACUGACCACAUAGUGGCAGCUGUGGGUCUGGAACCCAAUGUCGAACUGGCCAAGUCUGGUGGGCUAGAAAUAGACUCGGAUUUUGGUGGCUUCCGGGUAAAUGCAGAGCUGCAGGCACGCUCCAACAUCUGGGUGGCGGGAGAUGCUGCAUGCUUCUACGACAUAAAGCUGGGUAGGAGGCGAGUAGAGCACCAUGAUCACGCUGUUGUGAGCGGAAGAUUGGCUGGGGAAAAUAUGACUGGAGCUGCUAAGCCAUACUGGCAUCAGUCAAUGUUCUGGAGUGAUUUGGGCCCCGACGUUGGCUUUGAAGCGAUUGGCCUUGUGGACAGUAGUUUGCCCACAGUUGGUGUUUUUGCUAAAGCCACUGAACAAGACAACCCCAAAUCUGCCACCGAGCAGUCAGGGACUGGUAUCCGGUCAGAGAGUGAGACAGAGUCCGAGGCACAAGACAUCGCCCUUCCUUCAAGCAACCCAGCAGUCCCACAGGCCCCUUCUCAAGGAGAGGACUACGGCAAAGGCGUCAUCUUCUACCUCAGGGACAAAGUGGUGGUGGGGAUCGUGCUGUGGAAUAUCUUCAAUCGGAUGCCAAUAGCCAGGAAGAUUAUUAAGGACGGUGAACAGCAUGAAGAUCUCAAUGAAGUAGCCAAGCUCUUCAACAUCCAUGAAGACUGAAGCCCACAGCAGAGUGGGCAGGCGCUUCUCUGUCCCCGACAGAGGGUGGAAUGGGUACUGGAGCAUUCUUUUUUAUUGAGCAAACUUCCUCUGUGUGUGUGCGUGUGAAUGACCAAAUCCUCUGUGAAUAUUUUCAAUCAUGUUCUUAAUGUCCACAUCACGAAAUAAAACUUGAUUCUUUUCAAUU